AGAGCUGAGUUUGCUGUGGAAAGGGUUUUCGACUCUCUAUUCUUUAUCAGUCAUUUCGACGGACUUUUUUAGGGUUUCGAUUGAAGUUGUGUUGUAGAGAGACAGCAAUGGCUGAGCAUGCCGAGGAUUCAAACCCUGCUGAGCAGUCAUUGAUGGAGAAGAUAACGGAAAAGCUUCAUGGUCAUGAUGGUCAUGAUUCGUCUUCUUCUUCGUCCGAUUCUGAAGACGAAAAGUCGUCUCCUUCAGACAUCAAAUCGGCGGUUUUUCGGCUCUUCGGAAGGCAGAAGCCUGUGCACAAGGUCUUGGGAGGUGGAAAACCUGCUGAUGUAUUUUUGUGGAGGAACAAGAAGAUUUCUGCCAGUGUGCUUGGAGGAGCCACGGCGAUGUGGGUAUUCUUUGAAUUGCUUGAAUACCAUCUGCUCACUCUAGUCUGCCAUUGCUCGAUCCUCUCUUUGGCCAUUUUAUUCGUCUGGUCUAACGCUACCACAUUCAUCAACAAGUCUCCCCCACGCAUCCCAGAAGUGUCUAUUCCUCAGGAACCGAUCAUCCAGUUUGCUUCUGCAUUGAGGUUUGAAAUCAACCGAGCAUUAGCUGUGCUAAGGGAGAUCGCAUCAGGGAAAGAUCUGAAGAAAUUCCUCGGUGUGAUUGCUGGCUUAUGGGUACUAUCAAUCGUGGGGAGCUGUUGCAACUUCUUGACCUUAUUUUACAUAGCAUUUGUGUUGUUGCACACGGUGCCCGUGCUCUAUGAGAAGUACGAGGACCAGGUUGACUCGUUUGCAGAGAAGGCAAUGUUUGAGAUCAAGAAACAAUAUGUAGUAUUUGAUGCCAAGGUUCUAAGUAAGAUACCAAGGGGGCCACUCAAAGACAAGAAGAAAGCUUAGUGAAGCUGAGGUAUCCUCAAUAGACAGUAGUAGAAUAUGACGGACAUUUGGUUAGCUAUGCUUUUCCUUGUUCCUCCAUUUUUUUUUUUUUUUUUGUGGGCUCAAGUUGUUGUUGGGACUCUUCCCAGUUUUCUUGGUAUGUGUUUGGGUUCUCUCCAUUUGGAUGAAAACGUUAUUUUGUAGGAAUUGGUUAGUAGUUUAGAAUCUUGUUAUGCUUUCACAAUUGCAGUUGGACUAUUUUGCAUGGCUUUCUUUGCUAUGAGAGAUGAAUGUUGUGACAUUAAGAUAAUGCUCUUGUCAAACAGUGCUGUAUACAUGGGAUUUAUAUA